GCCAACGGAGCAUUGUCAAAAUGUAUGGAUUCUGCUCCCAUUCAGCGUAUAAAUUUCUUGUCUACGACUACAUUCAGCAGGGAAGCCUCCACCAGAUGUUGGAAAAUGAGGAGACAGCAAGGGAAUUGGAUUGGCAAAAGAGAAUUGUUGUUGUAAAUGAUGUGGCUCAAGCAAUAUCUUAUUUGCACCACGAAUGCAGUCCACCUAUAAUCCAUCGAGAUAUAACGAGCAACAACAUCUUACUUGAUGCAACCUUCAAGGCUUUCGUCUCGGAUUUCGGCACAGCAAGAAUUCUUAAGCCCGAUUCAUCAAACUGGAGUGCACUAGCAGGGACGUAUGGGUACAUAGCUCCUGAACUCUCGUACACAUCUGUUGUCACGGAGAAAUGUGAUGUCUAUAGCUUUGGCGUGGUUGUGCUAGAGCUACUUAUGGGGAAGCAUCCAAGGGAUCUAUUAGACGGUAGUUUGUCAAACAGGGAACAAGCUAUGCUGGUGAAAGAUAUUCUGGACCAGCGACCGACAACACCAACAGCAACGGAAGAGAAUAGCUUAGCUCUGCUCAUCAAGCUGGCCUUCUCUUGCUUGGAAUCUUCUCCACAAGCAAGGCCAACCAUGAGGCAGGCAUACCAGACACUCAUCCAGCGACCCUCUUGUAGUUCCUCUUCCGUGCCUUUCAGUGCACUAACACUACGGCAAGGGAUACAUGUUGACAUGUGAUCCGAAUUCUGGCGAGGUUUCCGCUUUAGACUCAAGUCACUCAUAUGCCACACAUAUUAUAUAUACCUCCUGUAUGCCACACGGGAUGAGUUGAUGACUCAUUCUAAGUCUGUAUUUGUAGAAAAUCUCCUGAUAUAGGAAAAUACCACGGUGAAAGGACUUCCAGGAAAAUUACCACACGGAGCUAGGUGCAGGAAAAUUACGAACAGCAAGGAAAACUAGUUGACUCAGUACCUCCUCAUCAAUGUAAUCUGGGACGUAGUAGUUUGUACCGAUAGUUUCUUGUAUUUCAUUGCUCACAUUACACUAGAUCCAUCAUCUCGUAUUGCAUACCCUGCCUGCAGAUUAUAGAAGCAGGUAUGGAUUCAGAUGCAAUUGAAACAAAAGUAGAGA